UGGUGUUUGUUGUUGUUGUUUGUUGUUAUUGUUGUUUUGUUUAUUGUUCGCCCGGUGUUUAGUCGUUUCACUCAAUAUAUUAACGGGUCGCUGGUAGACACGGAGCAAGGCGGCGACGAGUUAGUAAGCCACGGCCAUCAACAGCGAGAGACGUGUCUCUGGAUGUGGUGUGCCGGAGAUCUUGAGUUCCCAUCCAUGUAUCUCGAGUUUGGAGCAGUGACAUGACCGAGUGGUUCGCAGAGGUUCACAGUUCCACAGCUGCCCUGAUUAAUCGCCACAUCUGCAGUGCUCCGUGAGGCGCCAUGGAGCUGCCGUUGCAUUGCUCGCGGCUGCUGCGGGACCUCAACGCACAGCGCAAGAGCGGCCUCUUCUGCGACUGCCAGGUGCUGGUGAGGGAGCAGCGCUUCUCCGCACACAGGAAUGUGCUCUCUGCCUGCAGCGUGCAUUUCCGCACACUCUUCCUCUCGAGUCUUCCUGAGAUGUUGGCCAAGUCAUGGGACGACACGGGCAUCGUCACCGCGACACUUGACAACCUGGCGCCCUCCACCUUCGCUGUCAUCCUCGAUUUCAUGUACACCGCACGGCUCACUCUUACCGGCCUCAACUCGGAGGACGUAAUGUCGGCUGCCGGCUUCCUCCAGAUGUCGGAGCUCGUCUUCGCCUGCAAGGGCUUCAUCGGCAGGCGGCCUGUUUGUUGGCUCACCGUCGGUGGCGGCUACCGACGCCAGCGAUAACGUCGCAAAGUCCCCGCAGCCGUCGUCGCACAAAAAGAUAGCGUGGAAGGGUGGCGGGCAGCUCGGGUUUCUGAAACACAUCAACCUCAAACGAGCUUUUCCCUCGGAGACUUCGGCUCGACGAGGAAACCAAGGCACUGCCUUUGGGGCCAAGCGAGACUGUGAGACGCCGAACAGCAAUGGUUCGGUCCCAUUGCAUAUGGCCACGCACGCCAGUCAACUUAACAUGAUAGUCAUCGACAUAAAAAACGAGCAGGUCUCUCUGGAAGAGCCACAGCUCCCAGUGGAGACCACCAACGGAGAGGUAUGGUCCAGUACCCCCCGUUCUCAACCCGAGAGCCACAGCAGGGCCCAGAGAAUCCUGGGCACGAGCAGACGGGGCCCGCGCCCCCAAGCCUCUGCUCGACCCGACACAACAGGCCGGCGCAUGAGCCACAGGGACGAGGGCGCUGCCUGCAUCCCUGAUGAUGCUGGUUUUAUAAUCAUGACAGUUCCUCCGGACGGCAUCAAACAGGAGCCGGAGGAUUGCUCACCUUCAAAUGUUGCAACGUUUGAGGGUGACGAGUGGGAGAGCAUGGACAGCUCGAUGGAGCAGCUCUCUCCAGAACCGUGCCACAACCGUAGCCUACCGGACUUAAGAAGACGAAAGUUUCGCGCCGGCAAUUCGGCACGAGAGGCCCACGUCUUCCUUGGCCCCCAGGACUUGGCAAGGAACCUGCAGUCGGAAGAGAGCGCCCUUUUUACCAAGUGCAGCGGCGAUGAUUUGUGGGACGCCGGGGAGCAGGGCGCACGUUCGACGGCCGGAGGAUAUCCUGGCUGCCGACCAAGGGACGGCUCUGCCUGGGAGCAGCCGGCCGACCUUGCUGCUGCCGGCGAGAAGUGGGCCGGCGGGAUGGCGCUCUUCCCGUGCAAGCACUGCCCGGUGCGCUUCACUGCAAAGGAGAACCUGGUGCGGCACCAGCGCACGGUGCACGCCGGGCAGAAGCUCAAGUUCUGCGAGGCGUGCCAGCGCAACUUCCGCGACAGCACUGACCUGCAGCGCCACCGUCUCUCCAAGCACUGGUGGCAGGGCCGCGACGGCACGUGCCCGUUCUGCCCCGAACGUUUCCGAGUGUCGAGAGAGCUGCUCAAGCACAUCCAUCACCGUCACAGAGGCCUGGCUGCGUUCUGACUCGGCAACGCUGCCACCAUCCCCCCCCCCAAUAACACGUUUCCAGGCAAUGGCCCUCCAUAUUUCUCUACUAUUAAGAGCAUUGCCCAACAAAAAAAAAACAAUUCUUAUAUAUUCCUCCUGACGGCAGGAUUAGUGACGAUUUGUGUUGAGGUUUUGUUUUAUAAUAUGUAGAUUAGUUUUAGUUUGAGCCCACUGUUAAUCGACUGUUGGAUGAGAGCCUCCUGACACUGUGUCUACCAUAGUGGGGUUGUAUGACCAUAAAUCAGCAAGUUGAUUAGUGUAGGUUGAUAUAGGUCCGGUUAAGAUAUCGCUUGCCACUGGUGUUAGCCGUUGCCUGGUAUCGAACUCAUUUUGCCGAAUUCACUGCACAGUGCGUUAAUUACCACUGCACUCAACAUGUAGAUGGUAGAAUAUAAAUAUCAAACGGUAAGGUAUUAUUUGCAUACUCUUUGGUUCUUUCGGUAAAGUCACUUAGGUAUAAAAUUAAAUUAAAAUAAAUCACGACGUUUCAGGCGCAACACAAGUGUCCGUCAUCAGGUGGGAAAGCAUGGUCUGCUGCUGAGGCAGACUUUUAAAAUGUUUGAAAUGGGUGUAGCCCAAGGGUCAUAAAGAAGUGGCCGGGGCUAGUGAUGUUAAUGUGAGAUAUUAGCAUGUAACUGUAAGAUAGGAAAGCGGCCUCCUAGACGAGGGCACUGAAGUGGCUAUGUUAAUGUGAGCGAUUAGCAUGAUGUUAAUGUGAGAAAUUAGAGGGCACGGAAGUGGCUAUGUUAAUGUGAGAGAUUAGCAUGAUGUUAAUGUGAGAAAUUAGAGGGCACGGAAGUGGCUAUGUUAAUGUGAGCGAUUAGCAUGAUGUUAAUGUGAGAAAUUAGAGGGCACGGAAGUGGCUAUGUUAAUGUGAGAGAUUAGCAUGAUGUUAAUGUGAGAAAUUAGCAUGUCACUAGAAAAGAAGGGUGAACGUGAGAGAUCUAAGAGAGCGGUAUAGAGAGAGACAGAGAGUCGGAAAUAACAGCUGACAUAGGCAGGUAGGAUGGAAACAUCACAGUCGGUUAAGAAUUUACCUGGUUAAUAACGUCCUUCCAAUGAUUGCUCAGUUUGUACCCAUCCUCUCGGUUGAAGUUGUGUCUGUGUUAAUAUAUCUGGAUAGCUUCAUGAACAAAUCUUUGAAGGUAGCCGGUAGGUUUGCAGAGUACCUCCGUCUUGGAAGAAUCAAUUUUGUGUGAGCCCACAGUGUUAAAACAAUGAUCGGCAACGGCAGAGGUAUUGGUCUUACCGUGUUUCAGAUCUGCCUUGUGUUCACAAACGCGGUCCGAGACAUGUUUCGUUUCCCCAAUGUUACUGCUGCCGCAACCACAACUCAGUUUGUAGACACCAGGGUAUUGUAGGGGCCACGUCUUUAUUACACACACACACCACCCUAACUACUGUACACCAACUUCUCGUACAGUCUAUCUCCUGUAUUUCUUCCACUCAGCCUAUCAUUCGCCGCCUACGUAGCGUGCCUACUCCGGCUACGCUCCAGGUCCUCCGGCUAUGAUACCCUAUGGGAGGCUGUCUGACCUGACCCAGCCAAGGUACAGGUCCAACCACUGGUUCCUCAGACCAGGCCCUUAUAAGGACAGUAGGCAAGGGAGUCCCAGGGUCCACCACUGGCCUCACAGAGGCCCGGCCCUUAAAAGGACGGCAGGAGCUAGAGGUCCAGGGUUCUACACUAGCAGGUCUUCAACUGCCACGAACCUCUCCAGAGGUCCGCCUUAUAUACCUUUCUCAGUCGAGGGGCGGGGCUCUGAGGGAUCGUAGAACACCCCACAGCCCCCACCCGUUGGGAGGGGAUGCGGGGGAUCACAUCAUCCCCCACAGCCCCCAACCGCUUCUGGGCUGUCUGCUGUUGCAGGAAAGUGCAUCCGCAGCCCCCCAGCCGUUAGGAGUGUUUGCGAGGGAUCGUAGAACACUCCACAGCCCCCAACCGUUGGGAGGGGCUGUGGGGGAUCCCAGAAUCCCCCGCAGCCCCCAACCGCUUCUGGGCUGUCUGCCGUUGCAGGAAAGUGCAGCCCACCUAUGGCGCUACACAUGUCAGAAUUCACAUCCUUUACAGAUGGGAUCUAAAACAGUCUGCCUCAGUAGCAGGCCAUGCUUUCCCACCUGAUGACGGACGCUUGUGUUGCGCCCGAAACGUCGUGAUUUAUUUUAUUUUAUGACUUUGCCGAAAGAACCAAAGAGUAUGGAUUCCUGCAGUCACGAAAGCUUCAAAUCAAGUAUUAUUUGCAUGUUUUGGUUUCACCCGAGCCUGUAGUGUAGUUGAUUAUAUUAUUUGACAAGAAAGACAUGCAUACGCACGGAUUCAAGCGUCGCGCUUGACACGUGAUUCCAUCGCCUUAACUGGCGAGGUGAAUCCUGUCGGUGCUGCCUUCGUUAUCGGCAAGCUUCGGGUAACACAGGUCUAUUUAGCUGUCUUUGUCUUGGGUGAAUUCCUAAUGGAAAUACAACUUUCUACAAAUAUUCUGUUCAUAUUGGAUCCGCCCCUGUUGCCACCCUGCCUCCCCUGUCGCCAACGGACGUAGCUCCUAGGGCAGCGGUCGGGAACCUAUGGCUCGCGAGCCAUAUAUGGCUCUUCCGAUGACGGCAUAUGGCUCCCAGAAAAUUUUGAGUUGAAAAAAAUAAAAAUAAAAUCAGUUUGGAACUGAUUUUAAAAUACUUGUGAUAUUGCUUAAUACUACUGUGUCAUUUUCAAGUAAACAGAAAUUAGUUUUGAAGAUAAAAUUUCUCGGGUCACGGGUCCCGUGACCAGAAGUCACAUUAAAAGUAAGACAUUUAAUUUAUUAUACGUUAAAAAUACUAUAUGGCUCUCAAUGAAAUAUAUUUAGAAAUAUUUGGCUUUAUGGCUCUCCCAGUCAAAAAGGUUCCCGACCCCUGUCCUAGGGCAAUGCUUUUAACACCUGGUUGAAAAGCGCUGCAACUGGAUAAAAUGAAUCUACGGCAAUGAAUUAUACAUUAUGUUAAUGUAGAAGGAAGCCAAUCAGCGUCAAGGGGUGGCCGAAUAUGGGCUUUUUCGAUCCACAAAUCAUUUCUUUAGAUCCAAAAAUCAUGUGUCGCUUUCGAUCCUUAAAUCAUGUGUUAGGAAUCACUUUAACGAUUACAAGAAAUUGUAUUCAAAAUAUCAAUACAUGGGGCGAUGUGUUCGAUCAUGGAUCAAGCUUCGUAUCGUAAAAAAAUCGGUCUAUUCCCGUGUAAUCAAGCAUUGGCUUGUUAAAAACACGUCCUGUCCCGUUCCGGUAUUACUUGUUUGGCAAAAGUCCCGCCCAAUUUCCCCAUAUAUGGGCCUAAAUCAUUAAUAUAAUUUAUCAUUAAUUCUCUCGCGGAUUCAUUGCAUGCUGUUACAGCGCUGCAAAUGGCAAUGCAAUGCGCUCAACCCUUGCAAGGGACACUAGAGGGCGCAUUGUUACCCACCGCCCGCUUCGCUGCGCGCACAGUGAGAGGGCCUCGUGUAAGCGCCCCCGUACCCGCGUGUAUAUAUCCGUGGCUAUGCGUCUAUUCGCUGUCUAAUCGCACCACUUCCAAAAUGCGCCGCUCGUGAUGCGUUGAGUUGGUUCACGAGGCAGUGAGCAGUCGAGAGGCUGAAUCAGCACUGCCGAGUUCCUGGGUUUGAAUCCGGGUUUCAGCCACCGGUGAUUAAACCGUGUUCCCAAAGUGUAGAGAGACGGUGGUAUCAUUGCAGUUAGCAAUGGCUGUAUGCAUUGGUAACUAAUGCUAAGUUUUGGAUUUUUGCAGCUGUCUUCAUUUCAAUGGUUUGAUCCCCAUCUGCCAACAGUAACUCCUCGGUACACAUUCUGCUAUGUUUCCCUGUGGUCUCCCCCCUGGAAGUCGUCUCCUAUUAUUUUCCAGCCAACUUGUGCAUGACCUUUGUUUUGCUCAUAAUGUAUUUAUCCUGAGCUCAACUUUGCAACUUUAAUUUGUUUAAAUGUCUCCUUUGAGGUCACUCUCAUAGACAGUUCUAAUGACUGUCCUGCUGUAAGCGAGUCUGAAACGGGUUAAUAUUUUAUAAGAAUAUGUAUGCCUUAAUUUUUCCAAUGACUUUUUUGGAAAACAUCUUUUACCGUGGCUGUGCAUAACUUUUGCGAAUAUGCCUCAACUCGCCCAGCCCCAUUUAAGCGUGCGUCCCAUUACAUAGUGCGAUCUCAAUGUGGCCGUUCCAUUUUUGUAAAUGCAUUUCAUUGCUCUUCAAUAUAUUUUAUUUAGGCCUCGGGUUUAUAAGAGCUUGGAUGACCGCAUCCAUUUACAGUGAGUUGAAUGCCUUUCCAUAGACCACAAAAGUUGGGCGAAAUGGUAUUCGAAAUGCAUCGGUCUUUUCUCGAAGCCGAUAUUUAGUACUGUAUGUAUGUAGGAGCCAAGAGAACAAAAUAUUACUUUGAUAAUAAUUGAGAUUUGCAAUGCUCUGCACAGUAUUUGUUCGCUCUCGAAGGGAAUGACUCCAGAGGGGUGAGUAGGUAGCCACAGACGAGUGGGAAACACAGCAGCCAGCACAGGGGACGUCACUCAAAGGGACGAUGGCUGAUGGUCGACAAUGGCGAUGGAGUGGCAGCCAGAGUAAACGCGCCAGAGAGGGUCGACAGUGGAGUUGGGGCCAUGAAUUCGGCCUAUCCAGCAGUGGAUAGGUCAUGGCUGGUGAUGAUUAGAGCUCUGGAAAUUAAGUGAUUCAUUCAUAAGAGGUGGGUUGACCCUCGGUCGAGGUAGUUCUGUGAUUUCGUUGGACGCUAGGUGGUGCUCCACUCACUGCCAACAGACUCGAUUUAAAUGUCCUCUGACUGGAUACCUCGAGCACAAUUGUGAUUGGUGGAAAAUGGGGCACAACAUGGAAAAGGCUCUCUGCUGUUGUCAACAGCUUGCCAAGCACAUGAAUGACCUUUAUCAUUUGUUUUGUUUAGCAAUUUAUAAAUAUGCCUCGUUUGCUUUCUCGGGAUCAAAUAAAUAUGUUAUACAGCUUGCAUUUUGGUAUUUUAAUAAAACCUGCAUUAUAAAUAUCUUAUUUUCCGU